CCACCAUGACCUCGCAGGCCGACGGCGACCGCGGCGUCAGCAUCCAGCAGUGGGGCGCCCGCGACAGCAGCCGCCACAACCCCGCCGCCUACUACGCCCCCGAGCCCGCCCACCCCCGCGCCUCGUCCGACCAGGCCUCAGUGCACUCGAACGACUCGCGCGCCCGCGGCAGCAGCAUCUACUAUCCCAAGUCCACCGCCAACUCUCAGUCCACCUUUGCCUCGCUCGGGCUCGACUCGGGCAGCCUGCUCCCCAUGGCUGCCUCCACCCCGCGCGACUCGCACCGCACCCUGCUGCACGCCGGCCAGGUCUCGCCCUUUGGCUCCAAUGCCACCCUCGGCCAGCGCGGCUUCGACAUCGAGCGCCCGCCCGACCACGUCGUCGAGAAGGAGUUCAUGAACCUGAUGGUCAAGCGCGGCUGGAAGAGCCUGCCCGAGCAGGCCCGCCGCCAGAUGGAGGCCUACAAGAUCGACAAGAAGUGGACCCUCGUCUACCAGGACAAGCUGGCCGAGCACAAGCACGAUGAGAAGAAGCGCCAGACCCAGCGCAACACCGGCGUCUACGGUGGCGGCGCCAACCCCGACAUCCUGAUCCGCGCCGAGGAGGAGGGCUCGCCCGAGUGGUAUGUCAAGAAGGUCAUGGACAACUCCAUCACCAACAAGCAGAUGUCAAGUCUGGAGAUCAGCCUGCGCACCCAGCCCAUCGCCUGGGUGCGCGGCUUCAUCGAGGCCCAGGGCCAGAUUGCCCUGACCAACGUCCUGACCAAGAUCAACCGCCGCAAGGGCACCGGCCCAGCGCCCCCGCCGAGCACCUUCAACCAAAAGACCGAGAACGACGUCGAGCGCGAAUACGAGAUUGUCAAGUGCUUGAAGGCCUUGAUGAACAACAAGUAUGGCGCCGAUAACGCCCUGGCCCACCCGUCCAUCAUCCAGGCCCUCGCAGGCUCCAUGAUCUCCUCGCGCCUGAACACCAGAAAGCUCGUCUCCGAUGUCCUGACCUUCCUGUGCCACUGGGGCGAGGGAGGCGGCCACGAAAAAGUCCUCAACGCACUCGAUAACCUCAAGGCCCAGUAUGGCGAAAGCGGCCGCUUCGACGCCUGGAUGCGCGUUGUCGAAGUCACAGUCGAUGGGCGCGGCAAGAUGGGAUCCAUGGUCGGCGCCUCUGACGAAGUCCGCAGCGGUGGCAUUGGAGUCGAGAACCUGCUGAUGGAAUACGCGAUCGCGACGCUGUUCUUCAUCAACAUGAUCGUCGACGCCCCGAAACGCGAUCUGCAGCUCAGGAUGCACAUUCGAGCGCAGUUCACCGGCUGUGGUAUCAAGCGCAUCUUCAAGAAGAUGGAGGGCUUCCAGUACGAUGUCAUCGACAAGCAGAUCGAGCAGUACAUGGCCAACGAAGCUGUCGACUACGAGGAUUUCCUCGAGCGCGAGAACAGCUCCAUCGUGGACAGCGUCGACGGAGGCGAGACCAAAGACCUCAACGACCCGUCCCAAAUCGCCGAUGCCAUCAAUACCAAGAUCGGCGGGACUCGUGCGCAAGACUACUUCUUGUCUGCUAUGCAGCAUUUACUGCUCAUUCGCGACACGGAGAGCGAAGAUCGCAACAGAAUGUUCCAGCUUGUGGAUUCGAUGCUGAGCUACGUGGCUAUGGACCGCCGACUGCCAGACAUGGACCUGAAACAAAGCCUGAACUUUACUGUUCAGUCUUUGCUGGACAAGCUGUAUACUGACGGAGAGGCUCGUCAGAUCCGAGACGAAGCCAGUGCUGCGCGACAAAUCGCCGACUCGGCCAUUGCCGAGCGUGACGAGGUCAGAGCCGAACUCGAGUUGGGCGCGGAUGGCCUAGUCCAAAAGCUGCAGAAGCAGGUCGCAGAGCAACAGCGCAUCAUCGAUCUCCGUGGCAGGCAGGUCGAGCAAAUGAAGGCCGAUCUUGCUGAGAUGCAACGAAUACGGGCACAAGAGCUACAGCGCAAUGAGCUGGAAACGCGUGAGCUGUACCUCAUGCUAAGAGAUGCUCAAGACGUCGCUGCUGCUGCCUCUAAGAAGACUGGCAAGGAUGGCCUGGGCGCUACAGAUCCAGAGCAGAUGCAGGGCAUCAUGGAUCGCGAGCGCUUGAUGAACAGGCUCGAGAUUCAGCUCCAGCGCGCAAAGACUCAGGCUACGCUCGAAGGGAAGACUCUGCAAAUGGUGCAGCCAAGCGAGAAGCUGCGUGAGCUUAGGGAGAAGAUGGAGGGUGGGGUGGGCGAGAUGCCAGAAGGCUACGGUGAAGGUCUGCAGCCCAACGCUUUUGGAUCAGUACGAGCGAAGAGUGGCGUGCCCCGCAGGAAGCCGGUACCUGGUGUGAAUGGCGACGACGAGAUCAUGUACGAUGUCAAUGACGAUGAUGAGGAUGCCAUUAUUGAGACGCCGCGCCUUAUCCAGAUGCACAAGCCAAAGCUCAGCACGUCGACCGCCAACGCCCUCAUGGGCGAGAUCGCAUCCACGGUGCCAAAGUUCGAAGGCGAUGAAGCAGCACCGAACGGUGCUCCGGCUGGAGUAAUUCCACCACCUCCACCGCCGCCGCCUGGCGCCCUUGGAUUCCCCACUGGGCCCGCUGGAAUACCUCCUCCACCGCCACCUCCUCCUGGUGCUCUUGGAUUCCCUGCCAACAUACCUCCGCCGCCACCUAUGCCCGGCACUAAUGCUAAUAUCCCUCCUCCGCCUCCACCGCCGCCUCCUGGCAAGCUCGGCUUCGGCGCACCUGGAAUCCCACCACCGCCACCAAUGCCUGGCGCUCCUCCGAUGCCGGGCGACGGCAGCAUGCCUCCUCCUCCACCGCCUCCUAUGCCAGGUAUGAAGCGACCUGGCUUCCUCCCCAAGGGUUUCUCCAACGCCCCAGGGUCCAUGGCUAUGUCAGGACCUCGCCCGAAGAAAAAGAUGAAGGCGCUUCAUUGGGACAAAGUCGACUCGCCAAAUUCCACUGUAUGGGCUACACAUGGCCUUACCGCGGAAGAGAAGGAAGAGAAGUACCAAGAAUUGUCGAAGAAGGGUGUGCUUGACGAAGUCGAAAAGCUCUUCUUGGCCAAGGAAAUCAAGGCUAUUGGCAAGAAGGGCUCGAAGAAGGAGGAGAAGAAGCAAGUCAUCUCCCGCGAUCUGAUGCACAAUUUCCAAAUCAGCAUGGCCAAGUUCUCGCAAUUUACUGUUGACGACAUAGUCCAGAUGAUCAUCCACUGCGACAAGAAGAUUCUGGAUGAUCUUGUGGUCAUGGAGUUCCUACAGAAGAACGACUUUUGCGACGUUCCAGACAACACCGCGAAGCUCAUGGCGCCAUACUCCAAGGACUGGACUGUGCCUAAUCCUGCGGAAACCAAGCGCGAACAAGACCCCAACGAACUUACACGGGAGGAUCAGAUCUACUUGUACACGGCGUUCGAACUUCAUUACUACUGGAAGAGUAGGAUGAGGGCGCUUGCUCUCACGCGCACGUUCGAGACCGAAUACGAUGAAAUCUCGAACAAGCUUCUCGAGAUCUCACGUGUUUCAGAUAGUCUACGCAGCUCGUCCAGUCUGAUCAGCGUCCUGGGUCUCAUUCUGGACAUUGGUAACUUCAUGAACGACGCAAACAAGCAAGCCAAUGGUUUCAAGCUGUCCACGCUGUCUCGUCUGGGUAUGCUGAAGGACGACAAGAACGAGUCUACCUUCGCCGAUGUGGUUGAACGUAUUGUGCGCAAUCAAUACCCCGGUUGGGAGGGUUUCACCGAUGAGAUUGGCGGCGUUGUCGCAGCACAGAAAAUCAAUGUCGAGCAACUCCAGACCGACGCAAAGAAGUACAUCGACAACAUCAAGAACGUUCAGAUGUCGCUCGACGCAGGCAACCUGUCUGACCCCAGCAAGUUCCACCCUGAAGACAAGGUUUCUAUCAUAGUCCAGCGCAGCAUGAAGGAAGCCAGAAGAAAGGCAGAGCAGCUGCAAGUCUUGCUUGAAGACAUGCAGAAGAGUUACGACGACAUCAUGGCAUUCUACGGCGAAGACCCUACCGACGACUCGUCCCGCCGCGAGUUCUUUGCGAAGCUGGCCAACUUCGUCCAGGAGUGGAAGAAAUCAAAGGAGAAGAAUACAGGCCUUGAAGAGCAACAUCGCCGCAACGAGAUCUCUAUGCGCCGCAAGCAGCAGCAACAAGUUGCGUCGCCCACUGCUACCUCGGAUGACGGAGCUCCCAAGUCGCCUGCUAGUACCGGAGCCAUGGAUGAUCUGCUCCAGAAACUACGUGCUGCGAAGCCCGAAGCCAGAGAUCAGCGUGAUCGCCGCCGACGUGCCCGCCUCAAGGACCGCCACCAGGUGCGCGUUGCGUCCGGCCAGCAGAUCCCCGAGAUCGGUGUCAACGUGGAGGAGGAGGGAGCUGCUGAAGGGGAGGGUGAAGGGGCCGCAGAGAAGAUGAACCUGCUCAGCCCGACAAGCGAGACAAACGAAUCGGAAACAAGCGUCGGUACGAGUCUUGUCAGUCCUACAACGCCAGGCGCAGAUGUCGCAGAUCGUGCGGCCGCCAUGCUGGAAGGUUUGCAACGUCCGGACAGCGUGAACAAAGACGGUUCUCUGAGCGUACGCCGACGCCGUGAAUCCGCGGAUAGCGAGCGCGAGAGGAGGAGGCGGAGAAGACAGUUAGCGACGAGCAAAGCAAGCGAUGAUGGCGGGCUCAUGAGCCCGAGCAUCCCCGAGGAAAGAGAGAUGGAUGGCGCGAGUGAUGCCGGGGGUAGCACCGCUGGCGACAGACCGGGGACGAGAGAUGGGCGAGAAGAUGAGCGCCCGGUUACAAGAGGCAGCGACGAGAUGCCGACUACACCGACAACGGUCGUUGUACCACCCAGUCCAGAGCAGAAAGGGAGAGAGUUGCCCACGCCACCGCCUGAAGAGGCGUGAAGCGUAUGCAAUUUGGCAUGUUGAGACAGAUGUCUGCUGUUUGCGGUAGACGUUCUGAGCGUUGGGGGAAUAGAAGGUGUCUGAUUUCGCAAAUACCCGUUCCGUUGUUGUGGGACAUUUUCGAUGUAUACCUUUAACUUGAACGUUGGGCUAGACUAUCUCAGCAUUGUUGGCAUUGCAGGCCAGGCGUUCAGCGGUUUGCAUCGUAGCGCGCAUGUGGGAAAUGGUUAGGAUAUCUGCAUCGCAUACCGCAUACACUAAUGUUUGUUUCCGCCUGCG